AUGGGUCGCCGUCCCGCUCGUUGCUACAGAUACUGCAAGAACAAGCCCUACCCCAAGAGUAGAUACAACCGUGGUGUCCCCGACGCCAAGGUUAGAAUCUUCGACUUGGGUCGUAAGAAGGCUCACGUUGAUGACUUCCCUCUUUGCGUCCACUUGGUCUCCAACGAAUACGAACAAAUCACCGCUGAAGCUUUGGAAGCUGGUCGUAUUUGCUGCAACAAGUACAUUGUAAAGACCUCUGGCAAGGAUUCGUUCCACAUGCGUAUUCGUGUCCAUCCUUUCCACGUUGUCCGUAUCAACAAGAUGUUGUCGUGUGCCGGUGCCGAUAGAUUGCAAACCGGUAUGCGUGGUGCUUUCGGUAAGCCCAACGGUUUGGUCGCUCGUGUCAACAUUGGCCAGGUCAUCUUCUCCGUCCGCUCGCGUGACUCGAACAAGGCCGUUGUCAUUGAGGCCCUUCGUCGCUGCAAGUACAAGUUCCCUGGUCAGCAGAAGAUCAUCGUCUCCAACAAGUGGGGCUUCACCCCUCUUAAGCGUGAGGAGUAUGUCUCGGCCCGCAAGGAUGGCAAGCUCCAGCCCGAUGGUUGUUACGUCAAGUUUGUUCCCCAAAAGGGUCCCUUGAACAACUACUUCCGUGCUGCUAGCCGUGUCUAA